AUGUCAAACAUCGACAUUAAAUACACGAAGAUAUUCGGGGGAGGUUUGGCUUGGAGAACAAGAGACGAAGGCUUGAGAAGUUUCUUUCAACAGUUUGGAGAAAUCGCCUAUGUUAACGUGGUCUACGACAGUAAAACAGGAAAAUCUAAAGGCUAUGGCUUUGUCACGUUUAAAGAUGCUGAAUCCGCAACGAGGGCUUGCAUGAAUCCGAAACCAACCAUAGACGAGCGUGUAGUUAAUUGCAAUCUGGCUUCUGCUAAUCAGUUCAAGAGCAAAACUGGUUUUCGUCAGGACGAUCUUUGUCACCUAUCCCCAACUUUUAUGAGACAUUGCCAUCAACAACGUGCAAAUCUUAAUCAGCCAUUAGCUACUUAUGUUCAUCCAUACUACUGGAACCAACAAUAUUAUCCACAUUGGCAAUACUAUGCGCCGUAUGCUCCGUGGUAUGCUCCACAGUGUGUGGUUAAUAUCAACACAACGUACUUGCCACAUCAGCCUGUGAACAAGCCGAUAGAGAAUGGAGAGGCGUCUAAGGCUUCGGUUGCAAGCUCGUCAUCUUCGACAUCAAGGUCGACGACUGAUCCUAAGUCUGAUGGAAAGCAAACGGGUUUAGGAGUUACGAAAUCUGUUGAUUAA